UUUUUUUCAAUUGGAUUUUCCCGCCACACGAGGCCGCUGUCGGGCAUGAUCGGAAGUAGGAACCUUCAUUCGUCUGUUCCGAGUUCCCACCCGGACACACACAGGAGUCGUACCUAAAGAUGGCGGCCCGUUUGUUGCGUCUGAGCUCCUUCAAGGGCCUUCAGGCGGACCGCUGGGGUCUGCUGAGGAGUCCGUCAGCCGCGAGCUUCUGCACCAAAACCGAAGACCCGACAAAACCCGGCAAGAAGAAGAAAGCUGCUGUGAAAACAGCAGAGGCUCCAGACCUCAGGGAAUCCCUGCUGGCCUACAAGAGCACAGUUGGCUUCCCAGUCAGGCCGGCCGUUCUCCUCACCAACAUGGUGGGAGGAGCUGAGACAGCAAGCACCUCCUCCUCCUUUCCAGCCGUUGCAGCAUCUGAGGUUGAGUCAGACUCCUCCCACCCAGCUCAAGUCGUCGCUGACAGGGCAUCAUCUCCAGCUGAGGAGGAAGGUGGUGAACAGGUGGAUGCAGCUGCAGUCCCAACUGCUGCCACAGAGGGCGCUCCCACUCCAGAAUCAGGUGACGCUGCGGCAGGUGAGACGUCCUCCUCGUCCGACAGCGAGUCCGACUCGGAUUCAGACUCUGAGGAUGAGAAGAGCACGUCUGCCGGUCCGGCCGCAUCUGCAGAGCCACAACGAUCUUCAGGCGAGGAAGAGGAGCAUCCUCUGGAGGUCACAGGAGAGCAGGCUGGAGUUCAGGGGGGGCGGGACGGGACGGCCCCCCGUGAAGGUUCUGGAGGGUCCGAAAAACCGGAGCCACCAAAGCCUAGCAUUCCACAAACUCCAGCAGAGGAGGCGGAGAAAGUUGAUGAAGAAGUACUAGAAGAUGAUGCUCCUGCAGUCAGUGAAGCUCCGCCUCCAUCGCCGGUCCAGGCUGCAGACAUCUGUGAAGCUCCGCCUCCACCACCAGUCCAGGCUGCAGACAUCAGUGAAGCUCCGCCUCCACCACCAGUCCAGGCUGCAGACAUCAGUGAAGCUCCGCCUCCACCACCGGUCCAGGCUGCAGACAUCAGUGAAGCUCCGCCUCCACCACCGGUCCAUGCUGCAACCAUCAAUGAAGCUCUGCCUCCACCGCCGGUCCAUGCUGCAACCAUCAGUGAAGCUCCACCGCCGGUCCAGGCUGCAGUUCCAGACGAAGUCCAGUCCUCUGGUCCUGCAGAACAUCCUGUUGAAGAACCUGCUGCAGAACCCUCAGCUGAAUGUUUGGAUGGAGCAGAGGUGAUUGAACCACAGGACCUCUCUGCCAAACCCCCUGAGGAUCAGAGCGAAGCGUCCAGCCCUGCAGGGGUCCCGGAGGAGCUGGUGGACCCGGGUCAAGUUCUGGAUGCAGCAGGAGAGCUUCAGCUUGAGGAGGAGCCUUUUGACAACACCACCUACAAGAACUACCAGCACCACUCCUACAACCCCUACACGUUUGCCGACCUGGACCUGGAGAUGGCCAAAUAUCGUCUUCCCCAGCCCUCUUCUGGCAGACCCUCGCCCCAACACUAGCGGGGGAGCGCCCCCCCCCAGCAGUCACAUGGUGGCACCAUUGAAAAAAGUCUUUCUGUUCUGCUGCUGUCAAUAAACUGCUUCCCACUCA